CUUCACUUUAGCGUUACGUUUCCCUACAGUAUUUAAUAUUUGUUGUGUGUUUACCGAGUCGCGUCCACAGCCUACGAGUAUGUUCAUUCAUAUCCCAGACAGGCCGCAAAAUGCAAAAAGACACCUGAACAAUGGACGCCAGACAUCCCGCCGGCAUCACUUCUGCGGUGUCCUCCCCAGAGCAGAAGGAGGAGGUUCCUGACCUGCAACGAAGCUUCGUCUUUGGGAGCAGCGUUGUCAAACCACAGACCCCCCGCAUCCUGCCGGAGGAGGCCGAGCAGCAACAGCAGCUCCCUAAAUGUUACUCAGCAGAGGCCUUACGUCUGAGCAGAACUCAGCUGAACCAUGUUCCGGAGAGUGUUUUGAAACACAGCCCGCUAAAGUAUUUAUAUCUGGAAGGCAACCGGAUAUCCGGUAUCCCAGGUUCGAUGUUCAUCAGCUUGCCAAGCCUUCUCUGGCUGGACCUCAGGAAUAACCACAUUACAUCCCUCCCUGCAGACAUUGGCUUGCACAGGUCUCUGAAAACGCUGCUUCUGGAAGGAAACCCCGUCUCAGAACUUCCACCAGAGUUGGGGAAUGUGAUCACCCUCACAGGCCUGAACCUGAGGAACUGCCCCAUCCGUUUCCCUCCGCCCCACAUUGUGGACCUGGGGUACCGGAGCAUCCUCCAGUACCUGAGGAGUGCCAUGGCGAGGAGGAGCCCCCCAGAGCUGCCGCUGGUGGAGAAGCUCCAGCUGUCGGAGCUGACGGGGUCCAGCGUGGAGGAGCAGGAGGACGAGGACGAGCUGCAGAGGUUCAGGGAGCUCAGACACAAGAUGAUCCUGCUGGACGAGGCUGAGCUGGGCUCGUUACCGCGGCCAGAAGGAGACCUCAAGUCCCGCCUUCUUCCCGCCAUCAAAAAAAAAAAGGCAACCACCAAGGCCGGCAUGAUUCCCCAGCUCCCCCUGUUUGACACUCGGCAGUGGAAGAGGCCAGAGGAAAGGAGACAGGCUGCAAUGAAGGAGCUGACGGAGAAACAGGCUAUUCUCGAGCAGAGAAGAAAGAGCCAAGAGGCUCUUCAGAAGUGGCGUACCGAGGCCAAGAUCACGAAGGGGAAGAAGAAGCAUGCAGAACAAAGAAACCAAGAGGAAACAGAAACAGAUUCAAAACCUGGUGUGGGUCAGGCGUCCGCCUCGUGUGAGGAGAUCAGAUCAGCCCGCGAGCUGGAGAGGCGGAUCCGUGCUCACGUCGACGAGAUGCAGGAGAGACGCAGGAAUCCCAGGGGCACCGCCACCGAGCAGAUGGCGGCGGCGGAGAGAGACAUGGAGGAGAUGAGGAAGCUGCAGGCUUGGCUCCUGGAGAGAAAAGGGAAUCUUGGAAAGUGUUUUAUCUCCACUGGAGACACCUGGCCCAGUUUCAGUGACAAGUAGCGAGGAUUGUAGUGUCUGUUUGAGUUGUGAGGUAAUAGAUUGAGACUCAAAAUGAAAUGCAAAGACUAAUACCUUUGUGAAUGACCAUUGCAAUGCUCAUAUCAUUAAAAUACAAAUAAAGAUCGCAUGCUGUUACUGCCCAA